AUGCCAUGUGCCCAGAGGAGCUGGCUUGCAAAGCUCUGGGUGGUGGCCCAGCUCCUGCCCUUGGGGACCCUGGGCGAUGGGGGGUCGCCUCUGCCCCGCCCCGUGCGCUUUCCCGACAAGAGGCAAGAGAGUUUCAUCAAGACUCUGCCUGAGUACCACGUAGUGGGUCCUGUUCAAGUAGAUGCGAGUGGGCGUUUUCUGUCCUAUGGUUUACAGCACACCAUCACCAGCCACAGAAGAAGGAGAGAUGCGGGAAGCCCAGAGAUGCGGGUGUACUAUAAAAUUGCCCAUGAAGACAAGGACCUGUUUUUCAACUUGACAGUCAAUGAGGAAUUUCUUUCCAAAAGCUACAUUGUAGAGAGGAGAUAUGGGAACCUGUCCCAUGUGAAGAUGGUGGCUUCCUCAGGCCCCCCCUGUCAUCUCUGGGGUACAGUUCUGUACCAGGGUAGCAGGAUAGGGACCGCAGCCCUCAGUUCCUGCCAUGGACUGACUGGAUUUUUUCACCUACCACAUGGAGACUUCUUCAUUGAGCCCAUCCAAAAGCAUCCACUAGCUGAGGGAGGUUACUACCCACACAUAGUUUACAGGAGGAAGAGCUGGAAGGUUGCUGAGGUGGAGGAGCCCUCCUGUGGAUUAAAUGAUAGUCUUGGCACCUCCCAGAAGCAAGAGUUACAACGGGAGAAAUGGGAAAGAAAUAACUUGCAAAGCAGAAGCCUUUCCCGGCGUUCCAUAAGCAGAGAGAGAUGGGUGGAGACUCUGGUGGUGGCUGACACGAAGAUGGUUGAAUAUCAUGGGAGUGAGAAUGUGGAGUCCUAUAUCCUCACCAUCAUGAACAUGGUCACUGGAUUGUUUCAUAACCCAAGCAUUGGCAAUGCAGUUCACAUAGUUGUAGUUCGGCUCAUUCUGCUUGAAGAAGAAGAGCAAGGGUUAAAAAUAGUGCACCAUGCUGAGAAGACACUGUCCAGCUUCUGCAAGUGGCAGAAGAGCAUCAAUCCCAAGAGUGACCUCAGCCCUGCCCAUCAUGAUGUGGCCGUCCUUCUCACCAGAAAAGACAUCUGUGCUGGUGUCAAUCGCCCUUGUGAGACCCUCGGUCUGUCACACCUGUUGGGAAUGUGCCAGCCUCACCGGAGUUGUAACAUCAACGAAGACUCUGGACUCCCCCUGGCUUUCACAAUUGCACAUGAGCUGGGGCACAGCUUUGGCAUCCAGCAUGAUGGAAAAGAAAAUGACUGUGAGCCAGUGGGCAGGCACCCAUACAUCAUGUCCCGCCAGCUCCAAUACAAUCCUGCCCCACUGACGUGGUCCAAGUGCAGCAAGGACUACAUUACCCGCUUCCUGGACCGAGGUUUGGGGUUCUGUCUUGAUGAUGUUCCCCAAAAGAAAGGCUUGAAGUCCAAAGUCAUUGCCCCUGGAGUGAUCUAUGAUGUUCAUCACCAAUGCCAACUGCAAUAUGGUCCCAAUGCUACCUUCUGCCAGGAAGUAGAAAAUGUUUGCCAGACCCUGUGGUGCUCAGUGAAAGGCUUUUGUCGCUCUAAGCUGGAUGCUGCUGCAGAUGGGACACGGUGUGGCGAGAAGAAGUGGUGUAUGGCUGGUAAAUGCAUCACAGUGGGGAAGAAGCCAGAGAGCAUUCCCGGAGCUUGGGGUGGCUGGUCCUCCUGGUCCCACUGUUCCAGAACUUGUGGGGCUGGAGCCCAGAGUGCAGAGAGACUCUGCAACAGCCCUGAACCAAAGUUUGGAGGAACAUACUGCACUGGAGAAAGAAAGCGGUACCGCCUAUGCAAUGUUCAUCCCUGCCGCCCAGAUGCACCAACAUUUCGGCAAAUGCAGUGCAGUGAGUUUGACACUGUUCCCUACAAGAAUGAAUUCUAUCGCUGGUUCCCAGUUUUUAAUCCAGCCCAUCCCUGUGAGCUCUACUGCCGACCCAUAGAUGGCCAGUUUUCCGAGAAAAUGCUGGAUGCUGUCAUUGAUGGUACCCCAUGUUUUGAAGGUGGAAACAGCAGAAAUGUCUGUAUUAAUGGCAUGUGUAAGACCGUAGGCUGUGACUACGAGAUCGAUUCCAAUGCCACGGAGGAUCGCUGCGGUGUGUGCCUCGGGGAUGGCUCUACGUGCCAGACCGUGAGGAAGAUGUUUAAGCAGAAAGAAGGAUCUGGUUAUGUUAACAUCGCACUCAUUCCAAAAGGAGCAAGGGACAUACGGGUCAUGGAGAUUGAGGGAGCUGGAAACUUCUUAGCCAUCAGGAGUGAAGACCCAGAAAAGUAUUACCUCAAUGGAGGAUUUAUUAUCCAGUGGAAUGGGAACUAUAAGUUGGCCGGGACUGUCUUUCAGUAUGACAGGAAAGGAGAGCUGGAGAAGCUGAUGGCCACAGGUCCCACCAAUGAAUCAGUAUGGAUUCAGCUUCUCUUCCAGGUGACUAACCCUGGCAUUAAAUAUGAGUACACAAUACGGAAGCAUGGCCUUGACCAAGAUGCAGAGCAGCGGGUGUACUUCUGGCAUUACGGCCCCUGGACAGGGUGCAGUGUCACGUGUGGAACAGGUAUCCGCCGCCAGACUGCCCACUGCAUGAAGAAGGACCAUGGGAUGGUGAAAGCUACAUUUUGUGAUCCAGACACACAGCCCAAUGGGAGACAGAAGAAGUGCUAUGAAAAGGAUUGUCCGCCCAGGUGGUGGACAGGGGAGUGGGAAGCCUGUUCCACCACGUGUGGCCCCCAUGGAGAGAAGAAGCGAAUCGUGCUGUGCAUCCAGACCAUGGGCUCUGAUGAGCAGGCGCUCCCCACUGCAGACUGCCAGCACCUGCUGAAGCCCAAGGCCCUCGUCUCCUGUAACAGAGAUGUCCUGUGUCCAUCAGACUGGACUGUGGGCAACUGGAGUGAGUGCUCUGUUUCCUGUGGUGGUGGGGUACGGAUUCGCAGUGUCACCUGUGCCAAGAACCAGGAUGAGCCUUGUGACGCAAGGAAGAAACCCAACAGCAGGGCUCUGUGCGGCCUCCAGCAAUGCCCAUCAACCAGGAGAAAUCUGAAAACCACCAAAGGCGGGGUUCCCAGCUGGAGGAAUCCACUGAUGUCCAGUACUCCCCCAACGCCCAGCCCUAGGCUACUGAUCACACCCACAGGGACUGCACCUGUGGGUACCAGUGCACUGACCACCCCCAGCCCAGCUCUGACCACAGCCCCCACAGACGACCUGGUUGGGGGACAGAGCCGCAACAGUUCCACCCCCACAGAACUGGAUCCCAAUGAUGUCCUUCCCACCAGAAGCACUUCCCAGCCGACUCUCACAUCCAGGCCUUUGAGUCUCCAGACGAAUGACAAGAACGUUUCCGGUUCAGGUGACGGGCCUCCCUCCCUGGGAGAUCUUAAAGCCACAACAAUGAGUGGUGCCGACUUGGUCUCUUCCAGCAACCCCCCUACUUGGCCGGUAACUCCAUUUUAUGGCAACUUGACCAAGGAGCCAGAAAUAGAGAUACAAAGUGGCUCAGGAGAAGACAGUGAAGUAUUGAAAAACAAAAAUGAAAGCAGCUCUGUCACCUGGACCAAAAUCAGCACCUCUGGAAGUGUGGCUUCAGUGGAAAGAACAGAAACUCCCCUUGGACCACCACCAACACCUUAUGUAAAGGGAGCUUCCUGGGGGUCACCCUUCACCACAGCAAGGGAAGGACUGCUACCCAGCCAAAAAUCUCCUACUCUCGAAAAUGGUGCACUCACAGCAGAGGGACUGGUCACAGAAAAGCCAGCUAACACUUCACUUCCUCUGGGAGAAGACCACAAACCAGCUGACUUUUCCUCAGGAAAGUUAGUAAACCAUCACCUUACCGAAGAUCCAAACCACACGAAUAGAACACAGAGUUUAGACCCCCUCCUGACAGAAGAAGAUGCAGCAAGUCUGAUUGCUGAGGGCUUUUUGCUAAAUGCCUCUAAUUACAAGCAGCUCUCCACUCAGCAUGACCACAGCCCAGCGUACUGGAUUGUAGGAAACUGGAGUGAGUGCUCCACCACGUGUGGGCUGGGGGCCUACUGGCGAAGUGUGCAAUGCAGCACCCAGAUGGAUUCCGACUGUGCAGCCCUGCGGAGACCCGACCCUGCCAAGCGCUGCCACCUGCGUCCCUGUGCGGGCUGGAAAGUGGGCAACUGGAGCAAGUGCUCAAGAAACUGCAGUGGUGGCUUCCGGCUCCGAGAGAUCCAGUGUGUGGAUGACCGGGACCGGCGGAGCCUGCGGCCCUUUCACUGCCAGUUCCUGGCCGGCCUUCCACCCCCACUCAGCAUGGCCUGCAACACCGAGCCCUGCACAGAGUGGCAGGUGGAGCCCUGGAGCCAGUGUUCCAAGUCCUGUGGAGGCGGCAUUCAGGAGAGAAAUGUGACCUGUCCUGGAGAUCUGUGUGACUGGACGAAGAGACCCCCGACCACCUCACCCUGCAACAAGAACCCCUGCUGCCACUGGGAGGCUGGGAUCUGGAAGCUGUGCUCUACUUCCUGUGGAGGGGGCCUUCAGAAGAGGACUGUUCACUGUGUCUCUUCAGAGGACAAUGAAACUGAAGACCAUGACCAAUGCAUGUGUGACCAUGAACCCAAACCUCCAGAGUUCCAGAAAUGCAACCAGCAGGCCUGUUGGAAGAGUCCUGAUUUGCUUUGCACCAAGGACAAGUUAUCAGUCAGUUUCUGCCAGACUCUCAGAAGCAUGAGGAGAUGUUCUGUGCCUACUGUGAGGGCUCAGUGCUGCUUCACAUGUUCCCAGACACCCAUCCACAGCCACAGGUCAAGGAAACAGCCGUUGCUCAGCAAUUCCAAAGCACUCUAACUUUAGACCAAUGCUCUUCCCACCCCGGACUGCAGCACCCCGCUGACCCUGGCGUGCCUCAGCUCGGGACACCUUCACUGAGACUUUACUCUAUUUCAGGCCCAACUUUGGGUCAUCAAAAACAGA